GGAUGAGGCGGGUGGCGGCGGCGCUGCGAGCCGGCUGCCGGGCGGCCAUGAGCUACGAGCACCGCCGGGACCGGGGCCGCGGCCGCGGCGGCGAUGGCGGCUCCUCCGCCUCCUCCUCGUCCGCGGGGGGACACGGGGGCCGCGGCGGCGGCCGGGGGCGUCACCCCAGCCACCUCAAGGGCCGCGAGAUCGGGCUGUGGUACGCGCGGAAGCAGGGCCAGAAGAGCAAGGAGACGGACCGGCAGCAGAGAGCUGUUGUGCGUAUGGAUGAACGCAGGGAAGAGCAGAUUGUGCAGCUGUUGAAUACUGUCCAAACCAAAAAUGAAAAAGAGCAAGAAGCCAUGUCCUGGUGGUCUGGGGAUGAAGAGGGACCUGCUCCGGAAGAGCCUGCGAAAGUGAAACCAGAGGCUGAAAAAGCUCCUGUGAGACAGAGACCCGUCUUAGAGAAAACAUUCCUCGAUCGGGAUGUGGAGUAUCUCUUCGAAAAAAAUGAGCAAGAUACUGAUUUAGAUGAGCAACUUAAAGAAGACUUAAGAAAGAAGAAAUCUGAUCCAAGAUACAUUGAAAUGCAGAGAUUCCGAGAGAAGCUUCCUUCAUACGGGAUGAGACAGGAACUUGUAAACCUUAUAAACAACAACAGAGUAACUGUGAUAAGUGGUGAGACGGGUUGUGGAAAGACAACCCAAGUCACACAGUUCAUCUUGGACGAUUACAUCGAGCGAGGGAAGGGCUCGACGUGCAGGAUCGUGUGUACGCAGCCCAGGAGGAUCAGCGCUAUCUCCGUGGCUGAGAGAGUUGCUGCAGAAAGGGCAGAAGCUUGUGGUAAUGGCAAGAGCACAGGAUACCAGAUUCGGCUGCAGAGCCGGUUACCGAGGAAACAAGGUUCCAUUUUAUACUGUACCACAGGAAUUGUCCUGCAGUGGCUCCAGUCAGAUAAGCACUUGUCCAGCAUUAGUCACGUAGUCCUUGAUGAAAUCCACGAGAGGAAUCUUCAGUCAGAUGUUUUAAUGAGCAUUAUUAAAGAUCUUUUGAAUAUUCGUUUGGAUCUGAAAGUCAUACUAAUGAGUGCUACUUUAAAUGCAGAGAAGUUUUCGGAGUAUUUUGACAACUGUCCCAUGAUUCACAUACCUGGCUUCACGUUCCCUGUGGCAGAAUACCUUCUUGAAGAUGUCAUUGAGAAGUUGAGGUAUACCCCGGAGAACAGCGAUCGGCGCCCGCGGUGGAAGAAAGGCUUCAUGCAAGGACACGUAAGCAGGCCAGAAAAAGAAGAAAAAGAGGCACUGUACCGGGAGCGGUGGCCAGAGUACUUACGGCAGCUGCGGGGCAGGUAUUCAGCAGGUACCAUAGGUGCCUUGGAAAUGAUGGAUGAUGACAAGGUUGACCUUGAUCUUAUAGCAGCACUUAUCAGGCACAUUGUUUUGGAAGAAGAGGAGGGAGCAAUUCUGGUGUUUCUUCCAGGCUGGGACAAUAUCAGCACUCUGCAUGAUCUCUUGAUGUCGCAAGUCAUGUUUAAGUCAGAUAGAUUUAUUAUCAUACCUUUACACUCAUUGAUGCCAACUGUUAACCAGACUCAGGUGUUUAAGAAGACCCCGCCAGGAGUACGGAAAAUCGUGAUUGCUACCAACAUUGCAGAGACGAGCAUCACAAUAGAUGAUGUCGUGUUCGUUAUAGACGGUGGCAAAAUAAAGGAAACUCACUUUGACACCCAGAACAACAUUAGCACAAUGGCAGCAGAGUGGGUUAGUAAAGCUAAUGCCAAGCAGAGGAAGGGCCGAGCAGGAAGAGUUCAACCAGGCCACUGUUACCAUCUCUACAAUGGGCUGCGCGCAAGCCUUCUGGACGAUUAUCAGUUACCGGAGAUCCUGAGGACGCCUCUGGAAGAGCUCUGUUUACAAAUCAAGAUUCUAAAGCUUGGUGGAAUUGCUUAUUUUCUGAGCAAACUAAUGGAUCCCCCAUCUCGUGAUGCUGUAAUGUUGGCCAUCAAUCAUCUAAUGGAGCUGAAUGCUUUGGACAGACAAGAAGAGCUGACUCCACUGGGUGUCCACUUAGCGCGAUUACCGGUCGAACCGCACAUUGGAAAAAUGAUCCUCUUUGGAGCCUUGUUCUGCUGCUUGGACCCCGUGCUGACCAUUGCGGCCAGCCUCAGCUUCAAGGACCCCUUCGUCAUUCCGCUGGGCAAAGAGAAAGUAGCAGAUGCAAGAAGAAAGGAGCUGUCGAAGAAUACUAAAAGUGAUCAUCUGACUGUGGUGAAUGCUUUCACGGGCUGGGAAGAGACUCGGCGUCGUGGUUUCCGAACUGAGAAAGACUAUUGCUGGGAGUAUUUCCUGUCUUCAAAUACCCUCCAGAUGCUGCAUAACAUGAAAGGGCAGUUUGCUGAGCAUCUCCUUGCGGCUGGAUUUGUGAACAGCAGAGACCCCAAGGAUCCCAAAUCUAAUACCAACUCAGAUAACGAGAAGUUGCUCAAAGCGGUCAUCUGCGCUGGUUUAUAUCCAAAAGUUGCAAAGAUCCGUCCAAGCUUUAGCAAAAAGAGAAAAAUGGUGAAAGUUUGCACCAAGACAGAUGGAACAGUUAAUAUUCAUCCUAAAUCCGUUAAUGUGGAAGAAACAGAGUUCCAUUAUAACUGGCUUGUGUACCACUUGAAGAUGAGAACCAGCAGCAUCUACUUGUAUGACUGUACGGAGGUGUCUCCAUACUGUCUCUUGUUCUUUGGAGGAGAUAUAUCCAUUCAGAAGGACAAAGAUCAGGACACCAUCGCUGUGGAUGAGUGGAUUGUUUUCCAGUCUCCAGCAAGAAUAGCCAACUUAGUUAAGAAUUUAAGAAAAGAGCUUGAUGAUCUUCUACAGGAAAAAAUAGAAAACCCACAUCCCGUGGACUGGAAUGACGUUAAAUCCAGGGAUACGGCGGUGCUGACAGCUAUUAUAGACUUAAUCACAACACAGGAGAACGAAAGUGCCAGGAACUAUGCUCCGCGGUUCCAGAGCGAACGCUAUAGUUGACACAGUUCCUUCUGGAUCCAUAAAACCAACCCCUUCACCUCUUUUGUUUUGUUUCUUGUUUUGUUUUUUUUUUUCUAUAACAUUUAUUUAGCUAAAGGAAAAACUUUUCUAGGGUAAGCUGCUAAUGCCCUCAGACUGAAGACCAGUUAUUUUGAAACAGUCGGUAAUAUCUGUAUAUGCAUGGUAUUCUGUGUUCAGUGUAGCUUUCCGAGGGAAGAUGCAAUGCUAGCAAUGUCAGUUGAUGUACGGUUCUUGUCUGCUGUAGUUUGUUUGGUUUUUUACCCACCAGGUAACAGAUAUCAAAGAAACCUGCUAAAAUACUGCUUAAUAACACCUGAACUGCUCUUGCUAUUGGUAGAAACAUCUCAAAAGAAGUUUUUUUAAUAGGGGGUGGUGAAUAGUUAUACUGUGUGUUAUUCCAGCUGUGCCACAGAAAGCAAUUACAGCUUAAUUAAACUAAACUUGAAAACACUUUUCCAAUUUGUACUGUGGGAGGAAACAAUCUUCAGAAAUAUCCUCCUCUUCUGCCUUUCAUCCCCUUCAGUUAGUUUUUGUUCAUUUUCUGCGCCCAUCCAUCAUCACCACUGACAAAAAUCUGAGGCUACAGGAGCCGCGGUCAGUCAGCAGUCGUCGUGGAGCGCACUGCCAGCUUGCAUUGCUUUCUGAGGCUUUUUAGAGCAGUCCGUGUAUGGGUUAUAGGAUUACAUUAAAGGUCUUUUAUUUACAGUGUUA